GGAAUUGGCGCCAUUUCAUUAUUAUUGUUCGUUUUGCCAAACAAAUCGCAGGAAAAAAGACAAAAAUUGUAGAAAAAUCAAAGAAAAAUUAUUUUUUUUGUGAAAUUUCGAGAAAAUUGACGCCAUGAGUGCCAUUCCGAACAAAAUUUUCAUCCAAGUUGAGAGUUCGAAGGAGCAACAGGAGCACAUCAAAAACUCCCGAAAGACGUUAAAAACGAUCCAAAACACGGCAGUUAACAAGGAAAAUCUCGUAGGACGCCUUCCGGCGUACGUUGCAAAGGAAUCUCUCGCCAAACCGACUGUUAAAUCGCUUUCCAAGGACGAUGCCGGCUCAGAUCUGAAACAUAAGAAGCCCGUAGCUGUUGCUUCGUCGUCAUCUCAAACGCUUCCAGCCUCCAGUUUGAUCACGGAGGAAGAUUUGACCUCGGAAACGGCUGUUAGUGACGUUUAUUGGGAAGUUUUGGCCGAAAAACGUCGUCUUGCGCUCGAAGAAACACUCGAGGAGAACGAAUAUUUGCAUGACAAGUGCGAACGUCUCGAAUCGGAGCUCAACGAAUCGCAAAAACUGCUCAACGAGACACGGGAACUCGUCAAUGUCCUCACGGAAAUGCUCUCGGAGAAGGAAAAUGCUGAAAAUGAGCGUACGGAGGAGGAUCGGAAUGAGGUUGAGGAGGGCGAAGAUGCUUUGGCGGCAAAUUUAAGCGAUUCGGAGACCACAAACGAGGAUGAAACUGAAGAAGGACCAAAAAUUAUCCAUUAUAACGGCGGAAAUUGAAGUAUUUGAGUUACCAAACUGACUAAUUUUGUUUAAAUUUAAGUUUUUUCGAGUAAAAAUGUUGAUUUAAUAAUAAACUAGCUAAUAUUUAUUCCUACUAGAGAUACAAAAAUACAAUUUU